AUGAUCAAUGAUACCAAUGCCGUGAAGCGAAGACCGGAUAAUUACACGAUCUCACGAGUCGAUGGUGUCAAUGGACACGCAAAUGGGUCCACGGCUGUCCAGCCGACGCUCGCGUCGCACACCAUAAAGCCCAAGACGAAGAAGGAUUCAGGAGUCGUCGCGGCAGUGGCGCAUGCGACGAUACCCUCUUGGGCCAACAUGGUCUUGAUGGCUUCGCUCAUCUUUGGAGGAUGCUGCACAAAUGUCUUUGCUCUCGAAGCUAUCAUCAAGGAGCAACCUACAGCGGGUAUGGUUCAAUUGAAUGACUACUUUCUCAAAUACUCGCUUUUAUAUAAACUAACCUGA